UUUUCUCAUAAAUGAUAACUCAGAAAAGAAAAGAUUUCCUUUCUAAUUUAUUAUGAUGCAAUCAUCAAAUUUAAAUAGUCUCAUUGCUAAAGAAGAAGAAAAUAUUCAAAAACUUGUUUUAAAAAACUAUAUUCCAACAUUAAUUAUUAUUAGUUGUUUUCUUGUAUGCAUAAGUAUUUUUGGAUUAAUUGGUAAUUGGUUAGUAGUACAUACAAUUGGUCGUCAUAUAUUUAGAAGAUUCUUCAAAUUAUUAGAAAACUGUCUACGUAUUGUUUGUAACUGUUCAAGAUGUAAAACUCAACCAGAAAACCCUAUACAAAAUCAAAAACGUUCUCAAUACCAGCAAGAUGUUUGUCAACAACGAUUGAAUCCUUAUCUUGAUGUAUGUUUGUCAAGAACUUCUAGUGUUGUGCCAAUUAGUCAAUCGUCUAAUUCUGUCAGUAAUAAUGAAUUAAGAAAUCAAGGCAAUAGUUUAACAAGUGUCAAUAAUACUUCAACAUUAAAUAUUCACCAAUCCAUAGAAACAGGAAAUGAUUGUACUAAAAAUAGGGAAACUACGAAAAAAUUUAUUUUUACAAAACGUACUGCCAUGCACUCAGAUCUCAAUUCUGAUCUUCUCAUUGUCCUUCUUGCAAUAAAUGACUUGAUUAUCUGUGUUAUUGAUAUACCGACAACAAUCUUUCUGAUUGUAUGGGAAACUAGAACAUAUGACUUUAUUUGUAGACUACAUGUGAUUUUGAAAUCAUUCACUUUAACUGUUUCUGCAUUAUUUUUGGUUAUAAUUGCUUUGGACCGUUGGUUGUUAGUUUGUUUUAUACCAUGUGUUAUAAUGACAAAAAAAUGUAUGAAGAGAUUAAUCGUUGGAACAUAUAUCUUAGGAUUAUUAUGGGCAAUACCAAUGGGAUUACAUCAAGGUGUACACACUUAUUUUAAAAUUAGUACAGUUGAUAAACUUGUAUCCAGUGAUUCAGAAGGUAAUUUCAUGUUUCAUGAAUCAAAUAAUUUAUUUAAAACUAACCAAUCAAAAUUGAAUGAUAGUAUUUCUAACAGCUCAUCAAUGUUAUCAGAAAAAUCAUCAUUGACUUAUGUUACAUCACAAUUUAUCGACCUAAUAUCAUCAUUUACAAAUUAUGGUUAUUGUAAAUCUGAUGAACGUUUCAUAUCACAAAGUGAUUAUGAAAUUUACCAAUUAUCUAUAUUAAUUUUAUUCAGUCUUAUUUUCACUUGUAUUUGUAUCUUUUAUGGUUAUUUAUUUUUAUUCAUUAUAAUACAUCAAUAUCGAUGGAGAACAAAAUUUGGACCUAAAAUAAAAGUUAUUAAACCAAUUAAUACUCCUUUAACUUCUCCAAAACAUAAUGUUAUAAUUAAUAAAAAACCAGUUAAACAAUCAUAUUUGAAUUGUUUUAAUUAUAAUAAUAGAAC